AUGGCCAACUCCCAGCUUGUAUUCGUACCCGGCCCGGACGAUCCUGCUGGCAUCGGAGGUCUCCUGCCGAUUCCUGCCCUUGGGGACUAUCUUACGGAGAGGAUUGCAAAAAAAUUCAAGGGCGUUCAUAUGUGCUCCAACCCGGUGAGGAUACGUAUGGAUUUGGGAGGACAAGUUGUCGAGGAGCACGGAAGCGACCUCUCCAACAAAGCGGACUUCAUUGCGUUCCGGUCGCCAGAUGUAUGUCGUAAACUAUACAGCAACUGCAUCGUAAGACAACUGGAAAGCACAAGGGCUGGUACAAAGGAGGAGAGGCAAAUGAUCACGAACAGAGAAUUUUUGCGAGCCAUUGCGCAACAAGCUCAUCUUUGUCCCGUGUCACAGGAGGUUCAGCCGGUCAUCUGGGGGCUAGACCAUAUGUUACAACUUCACGCCCCGCCCAAUGCUGUGCGUCACCGCGCUAAGUUCAGCUCAGCUGAACUAGUUCUCCGCUAG